CAGGCAAGAAUGGGGAGCAAGCGGUGCAACUGGGGUCUGGGGGUCUGGGCUUGGCUCUGGGGGGCAGCCGCCGCCGCAGCCAGUCUUCAAGAGGAGCCCAUCCACUGGUUCUCGCAGGUCUUCUUCUGCCAGAGAGACUCCCCGUUCUUCGGCUUGGCCCAGGGUCUGGAUGACGACCAGCUCUUCUGGUUCGACUUCCCCAAUUCCAGCUGGCACGCGCGCCUGCCCGACUUCGACCCCGAGGUGCCCAGCCGGGUGCCCACGGCCAACGUCAGCGCCCAGCGGGAGCUCUGCAGGGAUCUUCUGACGCUCCUCUCCAACAUCUCCAACAACCCUGAGGUGCAGUUGCCUGAAUCCAAAGGUAUCCCGCAGGUCGAGGUCUUCACUCGCUACCCUCUCGAGCUGGGGAAGCCCAACACCCUGAUCUGCUCCGUGAGCAACCUCUUCCCGCCAUCCGCCACCAUCGCCUGGGCGUGGAACGGGGAGCCGGUGACCCAGGGGGUGUCCACCACUCAGGUCUACCCCGUAGGAGGGCUGGACUUUGAGCUCUUCUCCUACUUGGAGGUGACCCCGUGGGAGGGAGACGUGUACAGCUGCAGCAUCCAGACCCCAGGAGACUUCUACAACGGCCUGGCCUACUGGGUCCCCAGAGAUCCCGUUCCCUCGGACUUCCUGGAGACCCUUGUUUGCGGUGUGGCCAUCGCAGUGGGGAUUUUGCUGGUUAUCUUGGGAAUCCUCCUAAUUGUCAAGUCCCGCAUGCCCAGGAAUGCAGAGUGAACGGCCAGGUCGUCCGGCUGAAGACCAGCGAGACGGCGGCACCUGUUUCUCCUGCCCCUUGGCUCCACGGAGCUCCACCCGGCGGUGCCCUUCCCGUCCGAUGCCCUCUGGAACUCUGGACCCGGGCUAUAACAGGAACGCCACGCCAGCCAGGCUUUGCCCCUUUGGGGCACGACUGCUUCAUCCGCAGCCAGCGGUUCCCCCUCACAGCGCCCUUACUGGAGGGGCCGUGGCCAUGCUCGGAGGGGUGUUUGUGUGUGGCCUCAGGCUUCUCAGCACAGAGAAGAGAAACGCCCCCUCUCCCCCCAGCCUCCUCUUCUCCCCCCCCCCAGCUCGAAGCCUGUCGGUGGCUCUCUCAGUGCCUGGCACAGCAGUGCCCCUGCCAAAGCGGGCAGCUCUCCUCUUGGUUCCGCCCCCAGUCCUCCAAACCAGAGAGCCAGUUUGGUGUCGUUGUUAAGUGCGCGGACUCUAAUCUGGG